GAUGGUGUAUUAUUUGGCAGGAAGUUCCAGUGUCACGACCGCUAAACGAACCAUAAAAUGGCAACGAAGAGCAGGAAUAUUCGCGGCGGCGGCGACCUCCUCACAUCCGCUCUGAGUUUGGACGAACAACAAUUAAAGAAUGUGAAAGCAGCCAUCAUCAGAUGCAACGCUCAAGUGAAAGCUGCCACAGAAAAGUACCAGAAGAUCACUGAAGAACUUGAAGCGAAGAGUCAGACGUUGUCCGCCAAGAAGCUGCUGUGGCACUUGUUGAAGAAAUGUGACCAGCAGAUUGCCAAGCAAUGCGAGGAGCUCCUCAGUGAGAAGGCUCGCCUCCAAGAACGCCUGGCCAGGAUGAAGGCGGCCUUUAAAGACGAGGAGCAAGAAUUCUUGCGGGAGAUCUCCACCUUCAACAGUGAAUUUAGUCUCUGCGGGAGCACAGAGGCGACCCGUCACCCGCACGCCGAGGUCCUCGGCCUGGACGUGGAGGUGGUGGACGCUUUGCACAAAGACUCCGCAAUGGAGGAGAUGAUCCGGAGGAACCGUCACAUGGCCGACUUGCAAAGGCAGAAGAGGAGCGUCCGGCUGGAACUGCAGGCUCUCAAAAGCAUCCGCGCGGAUUUGGAGCAGCAGCUGAGCGAGGCCAAAGAAAUGACGGCCACUCUGCAGGCCCGCAACCGAGCCGCCGCUCAGAAAGCAUUCACGGAUGACGCCGUCGUCACGAUGAGGAAGGAGUUGGAGAUGCACCAAGAAGGAGAUAUGGAGCUCCUGCUGGAGACCCUAAGGAUGGAAGUCCAACACCUCCAGAGCAAGGUGGACAACUGCAAGGGUAGGCAGCAGCCUUAGAAGCGGCACGUUCUCGUUCUUGUGGGUGGAAGAUAAUUAAGAGACAGGCUGACGCGUUCUGGGAAAACUAUUGAGUGGCAAACCCUUCCCCCAUGUUUUGUGUUGCUAAUGUUUGCCUAAUGUGAGUGUUAAGAGCCUUUCGUCAUUGUUUGCCUCCUGAAAUGAACUAAGAUGGAAAAUA